CCCGCCGCGCGCCGGCCCGCCGCCCGGCGCCACACCCGCCACAGGCCAAGGGCCAGUCACCCGCGGGCGGGCGACCCGCAGCUCUCUCGCAGCCCCGCCCGGCCCGGCCCCGCCGCGGGACCGGUAACGGUUACCAAGCACUUUCUCAGCCGCGGUUUCUGCUUAGUCAUUGUCUUCCAGGAAACGGUCCCUUCAGUUGGGAAUCAACUCUCCGGCGGCGGCCGCACUAGCAGUAGCCGCCCCGGCCAGCGCGUCCUUCCCGGGCCGCCGCUCCGCCACCAUCCGGCCUCCCUCGGUCCCGAGCACAGGCCGAGGUCCCGCCGCGUGGGGCGGCCAGUCUCGCGCUCGGCUCUCCGGCCUCGGGCACCGCGUCCUGUGGGGCGGCCUCCAUCCCCGCCUGCGGCCCCGUCGCCUCCUGGCUCCCCUCCGUGGGCCGCUGCCAUGGGCACCGACAGCCGCGCGGCCGGGGCGCUGCUGGCGCGGGCCCGCACCCUGCACCUGCAGACAGGGAACCUGCUGAACUGGGGUCGCUUGCGGAAGAAGUGCCCGUCCACGCACAGCGAGGAGCUUCGAGAUUGUAUCCAAAAGACCUUGAAUGAGUGGAGUUCCCAAAUCAGCCCCGAUUUGGUCAGGGAAUUUCCAGAUGUCUUAGAAUGUACUGUAUCUCAUGCAGUAGAAAAGAUAAAUCCUGAUGAAAGAGAAGAAAUGAAAGUUUCUGCAAAACUGUUCAUUGUAGGAUCAAACUCUUCAUCAUCAACUAGAAAUGCAGUAGACAUGGCCUGUUCAGUCCUUGGAGUUGCACAGUUGGAUUCUGUGAUCAUUGCUUCACCUCCUAUUGAAGACGGAGUUAAUCUCUCCUUGGAGCAUUUGCAGCCUUACUGGGAGGAAUUAGAAAACUUGGUUCAGAGCAAAAAGAUUGUUGCGAUAGGUACCUCUGAUCUAGACAAAACUCAGUUGGAACAGCUGUAUCAGUGGGCACAGGUAAAACCAAAUAGUAAUCAAGUUAAUCUUGCCUCCUGCUGUGUGAUGCCACCGGACUUGACUGCAUUUGCUAAACAAUUUGACAUACAGCUAUUGACUCAUAAUGAUCCAAAAGAACUGCUUUCUGAAGCCAGUUUCCAAGAAGCUCUUCAGGAAAGCAUCCCUGACAUUCAAGCACAUGAGUGGGUGCCCCUGUGGCUACUGCGGUAUUCGGUCAUUGUUAAAAGUAGAGGAAUUAUCAAAUCAAAAGGCUACAUUUUACAAGCUAAAAGAAGGGGCUCUUAACUAUGACUUAGGAUCAUAACCUACUGACUUGUAUUUUCCUUGAAUAUAAGAUAAAAUUGAGAUGUAUAAAAAUUAGUUACUGCCUGUAAAUGGUGUCAUGGAGGCAGAUAUUCUUCAGUUAUAUUUGACAAUAUGGUAUCUGUCAAGUUUUGAAUACUUCUCUUGCCUCCAUAUCAGUUCACUCACAUGAACCACUGUAUUGUUUUCAUUAAACUAUUGUUUUCUAAUUGAAAUUGUCUAUAAAGAAAAUACUUGCAAUAUAUUUUUCCUUUAUUUUUAUGACUAAUAGAAAUCAAGAAAAAUUGUUAGAUAUAUUUUGGGCCUAGGUAUCAGGGUAAUGUAUAUACAUAUUUUUUAUUUCCGAAAAUUAAUUAAUGGCUUCUUACCUAUAGUACAGCUAAGCAAUUUAAUUACAAUUGUUAAAACUGAAAUACUGGAAGAUAUUUUUUCUGUUAUUGAUAAGAUGAUUAUAUCCCAGAGUAACUGGAGUAGCUGGGAUCUACUAGUAGUGUAAGUAAAAUUCAUUUCUUCAAUACAUGAAUGAAAACUUAAACUUAACUGUCCUUGCUUGUAGUUUACCUAUAAUGAUUUAAUCUUGUAUUCUUGUGCCAUAUUUUCCUUGCUACUAUUUCCAAGACAAACCAAAGUCAAUCUGAAAAAGGAGACUAGAAACUUCGAAAUUAUUAUUUGGGGGUUUUAUAAAAACAACAAUUAUCAUCUCCAGAUUCUUUUUAAUACUUGACCCAUCCUUAAUAUUUUGCUAUUCAUUCAAGAAUAUUUAAAAAGUAUUGAGUGUUUAUCAUAUGCUGGGCACUGUGGGCUCUGGGGAGGGGGGGCACAGGGAGUCAGAAUCAGUUGAGUAAAAUAUGUAAUAUUUGCUCCCCACUAAUAACUGACUCAGAGGGACUAACAGCCAGAAAAGGAGUGAAAAAAUCUUUAACUCAGGGUGAACAUUGUCUAUUUAGACAACUUUUUUUGAGAUACAGUCUUAACUAUUUAAAAGCAAAAUGAUAUCAAAACUUUAGAGCUGGGAGAGGUUAUAGAUUAUUUAUUAUAUUCCUCAUUAGUUUAAGAACCAGAAAAUAGCAAAUAAAUACACUGUGGCCAUUGAUACAGACUACAGGUCUCCUUAGUUGUAUAAAUUUUUAUCUGUAACCCAAAUAGUUUGAAAAGUUCUUCAAAAAUCUCUUGAAUGUCAAUCAGUACUUUUAAACCAUGUGUCUUAAUACAUGGUUUAUAAAAAAAACUAAUACAGGGUCCCUGGGUGGCUCAGUCAGUUAAGUGUCUGCCUUUGGCCCAAGUCAUGAUCCUGGGAUCCUGGGAUUGAGCCCCCAUUGGGCUUCCUGCUCAGCAGGAGUCUGCUUCUCACUCUGCCCCUCCGCCCUGCUCAUUCUCUCUCUCUCUGUCUCAUAAAUAAAAUCCUUAAAAAAAAAAAAAAAACUAAUAUGUAAAACUAAUUUUGCCCAGGCUUUUUCAACUUAGAGAAAAGUGAUUCCAUAGCCAAAGUAAAUACACUAGGAGCGCCUGGGUGGUGCAGUUGGUUAAGUGUCCGACUCUUGCUUUGGCUCAAGGUCAUGAGAUCAAGCCCCACGUAGGGUUCUGACUCUGAGCACCAGAGUCUGCUUGGGAUUCUCUUUCUCCCUCUGCCCCAACCCUGCAUGUGUGCGCGCAUGCAUGCGCUCUCUAAUAAAUAGAUCUUUAAAAAGAAAAAAAAAGGUAAAUACACCAGACUCUUCCUAUCCUAAAUAAGGUUUUGUAGUUUAUUGGUUAGAUAAUUUGAUCAUUAGAAUUGUAACAUGAAAUCAGCUGAUUUACUUGCUAAAAUUCAUUUAGACUUAGAGCUUCCUGAAGCCUUAUAUAGCCUUUAUAUUAAUUGUAUAUAAUGUUAUUGAAUGUAUAUAGUUAACUUUUUUCUUUGGAAAUGUGUAACAUUUUUUUCAUACAACAUAAGUCUUUAAAUAAAUGCUCAUUUUAAUUUAAGCCUAAACAGUGAAUUGGUCAAGAUAUCUUAAGAGGGAACUUAAUAUCACAUUUGUUGCUUUUUAAAACCCUAGACUUAUAAAAAUGGAUUGUUUGAAGGGUUAUUUUGAAAAUGAAAAAAAAAAAACAACUUAUGUUUCUAAUUGAUCCAAAACUUCAGAGGAGUUUUUUUUGUGUUCUUUCUCCCCGCCUCUCUUGACAAAGAAGCAAGACUGUAGAUUCAUUUUGUGAAGGGGAUCGUGUAUGUAUGGAAUUUUAAAAUGAGUUUUUUGUUUCACUUCUGUACCUUUAAUUUCUAUUAUUGAAUAACCAUUUUUUUUAAAAAAACUGAUUUUUUUUUUUAAGACUUGACAAUUUUCCAAUCUGGUGUUCACAUCUAUUUUUUUUUUUUGUAAACUAUCAGAAUAUAGUGAGUGCUUUUCAAAUAUUUAAGGACUUAGUGUUUAAAAAGCCAUAAAAUAAAGAACAGUAAUACUACCAAAUAAUUGCUUAAAGCUGAAAGCUAAGUUAUCAAUAGUGUAUAUAACAGAUAUGUUUUCUGGGGAGAGGUGUAUCCAAUGACUCAAGGUAGAAAGAAUUUAUAUAAUUUUUUUUUCAGUAAACUUGAAAAGAAGCUACAGUUUAUUACAUUUCCAAAAUACACUGGAGCCUUACAUUAACACAAUGUACUGUAACUUAGAAUUUGUUCUGUGAUGAGUCUAUCUUAUAUUCCCAUCCAAGAAACUGUAGUCACCAGAAGGACCAAGAUGUCUUAUAAAAUAUGUUCACAUGGUGUAAAUUCUGCAGACCACACUGUGCUAGUACGCUAGCAGAGUGUCCUCUUAGGGGUAGCCAGUGCUAGAUUGAAUCACAAAUAGCUAAUAAUUUUUCUGUUCUCAAAGAAGAUCACAUAAACAGCUAUGUGUGGAAUGGAAAAUAAAGUUACUAUAUUUUGAAUGAAUGGUCAGACUUACCCCUACCAGAGCCAAGUAAGUAGUAACUGAAAUAGAAUCUCAGUUUUCAGUGAUAAAAGGUGUAAGAUUCAUUUAAUUACAACUCAUUUUUGAACAGAUUUUCUUUCCAAAUUUUCCACCCAGCAUUUUCAGUAUUGGGGAAUGAAAUGAUUGACAGUUCAUCUCUCUGACAAUUGUACAUUUAGAGAAAUUUGAAGUUGUUUUAAUGAGAAUUUAAACCAUUUGCUUUCAUUAUCAAGUAUACCAACUUAUGAUUCUGAAAAUAUUUUUUUUAAGUUAACUUCCUGAUGUACCAGAACUUGUACCUGUCAUUUCCUUAUAAAGUUGUUGAUGGGAUAUGUCAGUUUUAUUUUUGAAGAGUAUGUAACAUAACUUUCAUUAAUAUUUUUUAUAGUUUUCAGAAUUAGAAAUACAUUUAAGGCAGGAAAAUAUUUUCAUUAGAUAAUUCUACUUUUAUGUGUCUAUAGUGGUGUAUUAUAAAAUAGACAAAAUAUAAAGCAUUAAUAAAUUUUUAUAAUAGUCUUUAAUUUCGCCUAUGAGUAUUAUGAAUUAUCUAAUUAAAACAAAGUAUGUUGUAUACUGUUUGAGUUGUUUGAAAUAGUUGAAAGCAUCCUAGAGUAUUAUAUUGAUUUUGACCUAUUUGAACUCAAACUGAGUAUGAUUUGAAAAUAAAUUAUGAAUAAUUUUUAAAUAUCCAAGCCAUAAAGCUAUUCAUGCAUUCAUCCAUUCAAAGAUUUAUCAAAUGCCUGCUAUAUGCCAGCCAUUCUGUGUAAGGUAUUGGCAGAUACAGAAAUAAACAACCUCUGUCUUCAAGGAGCACAUAGUAUAUGUGGGGGGGAGAGAGAUCUGUACAUGCACAAGAGCAGUAGAGUCCAUCUGUUAAUGAUCAAAGUGGGGAAAAGGGAUUGGGGCAUAUAAAAGGAAGUGGGGUUACUGCAGAAAUUAGCCUGAGAGUAGGCUGAGAGGAUGGCUGGGCAUUCUGGCAGAGGCCUGUGUUUGCCUUGUUUGUAAAUAGGCUUUUAUUGAAUGAUGAACAAUUUAUAUGUAAACUUUAGAAAUUCAGUGAAAACACUUUCUUAAAGAGCUUGCCCUUACGUAUAGAAAGGAAUGGCUUCUGUUGAGACAAGAGUAAGGUUGGAAACGUAAUAUUUUAUUUAAAAAGAGGCUAAAACUUGCUCAAAUCCCCCAAAUAUAUCAGAGUAUUGCUGUUAAAAUUUCACUACCAAAAAGGGCAAACAAAACCUUAAUAUGUAUCUCUCAGCAAUGAAUAAAUGCAUAAAAUGUCAUACAAGA